AGUCUAAUGUCAAAUUACACAAGUUUCCAUAGCCGAUUCAAUUGAAGCAUCUUGUUGACGGUGACGAUGGAUCGUUGGAAUGGAAUUUUGAAGGUUCCAUUGCGUUCCAACAGCCGCAAGUUUUAUAGAGUUGCAGUAUCACUCUGCCUUUCCCCAACUUCUAAAACAUUGACGGUUCCUCGUGCAAACGCCAUCUUCUUUAAUGGGGACCGGGUCGAAGGGACGGGCAAUCCGGUGAUUGAGGGAUUGUCUAAUCUACAGAACAUAGCUGAAAUUUUAGUUUCGAAAUUUGGAGAUUCCACCAAUGCAUGGGUUGUCGAGGCUUCUGAUUUCAAUGGGGCUUUUGCUAUUUAUCAGGAUUUUAUACCUUCUCUCAAUCGGUGGGGUGAACCAAAAUCAUAUACUCCAAAUGGUUUUCCUGCUUCACUGUCGACCGUUUCACUUUUGGGAAGUUGCUACAAUGAGGUAAAGAAGAUAGUUUCCAGGGGAAAACCAGGAUCACAGGAAACCACCAUACCUACACUGAGCGGCUGCACCCCCGAAACAGUCAUUCUUGGAUUUAGCAAGGGAGGUACUGUGGUUAACCAGCUAGUUACUGAACUUGGCUCAAAAGACUUGAUAGCUGCUGAUGAAAAUUUACCUCUAUCUAAGCAAGAAUCGGGUGUUGAAUGUUCUAAACUUGAUGAGAAUCAGUUCAUACCAACUACAGAACAUAGCUUUUUGAAAAGCAUAACAGAGAUUCAUUAUGUGGAUGUUGGGUUGAACACCCAUGGUGCAUACCUUACAGACCCUGAGGUAAUCAAAAGAAUCUCCAGCAGCCUUAUUCAGGAGUCGAGAGGAAUCCGUUUUGUUCUUCAUGGUACACCAAGACAAUGGUGUGAUCGCAGAAGAGUUUGGAUACGAGAUGAGAAGGAAACAAUGACGAGUUUUCUUGAAUCUGAAGCUCUGAGAAGUGGAGGAAACUUGCAGGUUUAUGAGAAAUUUUAUUUUGCCGAUAGGCCUGCGGACAUGCAGAUGCAUUUUGAAAUAAUUGAAAAGUUGGAUGUUUGUUGAUAGCCCUGUUGUCGGGUCGCUGGAAUUUCAAGAGUUCUGUACGAUAGAUGCGUGAAUAUUUAUUCAUGCAAUCAACCAAUGUACAAGAGAGUUUUACUUUAACAAUUAGGCUUCAUCAUCAA